UCUUCUGAUUGGCUGUCUUGACACGGUAGGCUGAUGCCUCCGCCUCCGUUUGGGCAAACUAGUUACUUUCAAGCGCCCCGCCCCGCCUUUACAUUGUAUGAUGUGAACGAGUUGCGUUUAAGUAGAAAAGGGGGAAAGGGGCAUGAGUGCUACUUAGCGGAGGGGUCUACUGUGAUCUGCAAGAGAAAACCAUCAGCCUGGGGAGAUCUUGGAGAUAGCAUUCCCGUAGUCAUGUCGGUCAGUGUCCAUGAAAACCGUAAAUCCCGGACUAGCACUGGCUCAAUGAACAUCUUGCUGUUUCACAAAGCCUCCCACCCAGACUGUGUCCUGUCACAUCUCAACUCCAUGAGGAAGCACUGCAUGUUCACCGACGUCACCCUCUGGGCUGGGAAUAAAUCCUUUCUGUGCCACCGAGCUGUGCUUGCUGCCUCCAGCAGGUACUUUGAAGCCAUGUUUAGCAAUGGCCUUCGCGAGAGCUUGGGUGACAAGGUGAAUUUCCAUGACAGUCUCCACCCAGAGGUGUUGGAGCUGCUGUUGGACUAUGCGUACUCAUCUAAGAUCAUAAUCAACGAAGAGAAUGCAGAGUCCCUCCUAGAAGCUGGCGACAUGUUGCAAUUCCAUGAUGUCCGAGACGCAGCAGCUGAGUUCCUUGAAAAGAACCUGCACCCUUCCAAUUGUUUGGGCAUGAUGGUCCUUUCGGAUGCUCACCAGUGCAAGAGACUCUAUGAGCUCUCAUGGAGGAUGUGCCUGGUCAACUUUGAGACGGUCCACAGAAAUGAAGACUUUAACAACCUCUCCAAGGACACACUGCUGGACCUGAUUUCCAGUGACGAGCUGGAAAUCGAGGAUGAGGAGAAGGUCUUCAAGGCGGUUAUGCAGUGGGUGAAGUACGACUUGGACAAGCGGAAGCCAUUCCUCCCAGAGCUGCUGAAGAAUGUGCGGCUGGCCUUGCUGCCUUCCAACUGCCUCAAGGAAGCUAUGACCUACGAGGAGCUGAUCAUGGCAGAGGACCAGAACAAGAAAAUCAUGGAUGAAGCUCUCUGGUGCAAAAAGAAGAUCCUGCAGAAUGAUGGGGUGGUCACUAGUCCCUGUGCCAGGCCUCGCAAGGCUGGGCACACUUUACUCAUCUUAGGAGGGCAGACAUUUAUGUGUGACAAGGUCUACCAAGUAGACCAUAAGGCAAAAGAGAUCAUCCCCAAAGCAGACCUUCCCAGCCCCAGAAAAGAGUUCAGUGCAUGCGCCAUUGGAUGCAAAGUAUACAUUACUGGAGGGAGAGGCUCUGAAAACGGCGUGUCCAAGGAUGUCUGGGUCUAUGACACUGUCAACGAAGAGUGGUCUAAAGCAGCCCCAAUGCUUAUUGCUCGGUUUGGACAUGGCUCAGCUGAAUUAGAAAACUGCCUCUACGUUGUCGGUGGACACACUGCAGUGGCUGGUGUCUUUCCUGCCUCCCCUUCCGUUUCGCUGAAGCAGGUGGAGAAGUAUGAUCCUGUUGCCAACAAAUGGACCAUGGUGGCUCCUCUGAGGGACGGAGUUAGCAACGCAGCGGUCGUAAGCGCGAGACUGAAGCUCUACGUCUUUGGCGGGACCAGCAUUCACCGGGACAUGGUGUCCAAAGUCCAGUGCUACGAUCCAGUGGAGAACCGGUGGACCAUCAAAGCCCAGUGUCCGCAGCCCUGGCGCUACACUGCAGCCGCUGUCCUGGGUAGCCAGAUUUUUAUCAUGGGUGGAGACACAGAGUACACAGCGGCCUCUGCCUACCGUUUUGAUUGUGAAACGGAGCAAUGGACGCGGAUUGGGGACAUGACGGCCAAGCGGAUGUCGUGCCACGCUUUGGCCUCGGGGAACAAGCUUUAUGUGGUGGGUGGCUACUUUGGGACACAGAGGUGCAAAACGCUGGACUGUUAUGACCCUACCUCAGACACCUGGAACUGCAUCACCACAGUGCCUUACUCUCUCAUCCCUACAGCUUUUGUUAGCACUUGGAAACACUUACCAGCUUGACGCACGGUCUGCAAAUCAAGAACUGAGGCGCUUGAGGAGAUAAGAUGCUGACGCUGAAUCCAUCUGUCAGCAGGAAUACUGGAAUCUGCACAAGUGACCCCUGACUUUGCUCUCUACUGCCCCCAUAGGGCUCAUUCCUCCAUUGCACUAGUAUGAGGAAGCAUGUCAGACUGCUCCAAAAACUAAGCUACACUAACUGGACGGACGGACGGACAAACCUCUUGGUUCACUCCAAAGAAAAGAGAGCAAAGCAAUGUGGAAGUCCUUCAAUGGAAGUGGCUCUGCCAGCACUACACGAGUUCUGUGUUGGCAUCAGCUGGGUUUGGAAGAGGGCAAAAUGAGGCAAGGGACUGAAAAGCCUUGGCAUCUUUCUUCUAACAAAGGAAGCCUUCGAGGACUUCAGAAACUCUCUCUCCGCUGCACCAUGUGAAUGAAGCACAGACACCUCUGCAAGGGCUAGAAUUGCAUUGUGUCAUUUUGAAAACAGAAACACGUCUUUCUUUGUACUUCGAUGUCCCCAGGAGCUCUGACAAUUUUAAUAAAAACUCAGCCGGGGAGCUGUCUGCUUUGGA